GACCGCAUUGCAUAGUCAAGGAGAUUUAACUUGUCGCGAAAGUGUAGCGGAUGCUUAUAGUUCAUUCACAAAAACAAAAAUAGAAUGAGAAAAAUAACAAAGUAGAAUAUAGAGCAGCAACAAAGAAAACACAAAAUAAAAAAAAAAUUGUGAAAUAUUAAUAAAAAAUUAAGCAAAAAUCAAUUCGAUCGCUGCGUGAAUAUUGUGCAAAUUUCAGCAACAAUAAUAAGAUUUUCAUGUGCGUACACCAACUGCAAAUCUGAAGACGGGCCUCUAGAAUUUUUUUCGUUAUAAAAAUCCAACAGAAUGGAUGAGGACCACGACGACGACGUAAUAUGAGAUCAGAUGGGGCUGUAAAGCCCCAGCAUAAAGCUUUCGUCUCCACUGCUGCCGGCAGUCGUAGUAAAGACGCUAAAAAACACAAUUCAAAUGCUAGCAAAUGGUGUGAGGACCAACAACGUCCAUGUCAAAUAUUGUUAUCGCUUAAAAUUAUCACUGUUGCUGCCGCUCUCUUCACAACUGCCGCUUGCGCUGAUGCUUUUGUGAUCGUUGAUGCUGCCGCAAAUGUUGCCACUGUUGAGGAUCGAAUAGCCAUUGUUGCACUGUGGUCCAGCAAGAGUAUUAGCGAAGAGAACCGUAGCGAAGAGCAUCAUAAAUACAACAGCAACUACUUAAAAACGUACACAAAUAGAAACAAAAAUAAAUACAAUGCACGCAAUUGUUAUGAGCUGAUGAGAAAUCAAAACAAUCGCAAUGCUAUAAAACGCGAAAAGAAAAACAUUAUAGAAAAUUAUAAAUGUGUAGUUUGUACAAUUAACGAAAAUAUAACUUACACUACGAAAGCUUUAACACAAAAUAACGAAAACACCGAUUUUAAGGAUACUCGUCGUAAAUGUGAAAUAGCCAGUAACGUUAACAUAAUGAAUUCGAUUUUCAAAAGCUCCCAUUGGUCCAAUCGAGACGACAUCGAUUCGAAUAAAAGUGUGCCCCCGACAACUACGUCCAAUACUAAUUACAAUGCAUUCCUAACAAUACCAUUUCUAACGGUUUUCUGGUUGUCAAUCAGUGGUUUCGCAACUUCUUUACUUAACAUUCAAUCGUUUGCUGUGAAAAUGCUCCGUAUACAGGAAUCGCUGGUAUUGUGUGGCUUGAGCAGCAAUUGUAAUAACAAUCAGCAAAAUGUGAGACCUUCUGAGAGUACACCAGCGGUGCCGUCAAUAAUUUGGCAAAGGCUGCCACUACGCAAAUCGCUGCCUCCAGCGCAACCUUUAUCUUCGGCUGCGCCCAGUACAUCGCUGGUUGCCUGCUUGAGCACAAGGCCAGUCUCGCAGAUAAUUUUCGCCAUGAAUCCACGUUUACCUUUUACAAUUUCAUAUGUGAUGUAUGCUGCCUUCAUUCUCUUUCUCUUGCCGACUGUUCACAGCGAUGAUGGCGACAAUUUCUUCUCGGUGAAUACAUUUAGUAUGAGCCCGGAAACUACUACGCCUGAAUUUGACUAUGCCAGCCGAGGACAAAAAAAGUUUGGUGACAAAUGCGAGGGUACAUUGGAGUGUGGAUUCCCCGGUUCGAUUUGCGAUGCAAAAAAGAAGUCCUGCCAAUGCACCGAGGAUUUACCAGUGACAAAUCACAUCGACAAAUGCGGAAAAGAGGCUGCUGUGAAUGAGACCUGUUUCUUCAAUGAACAAUGCGAGGUGAGACAUUAUCAGACCGAAUGUCGUGAUGGCCGAUGUGCUUGCCGUUAUGAAAUGACACCCUUUUGGGGUAAAGAUGGUACAGUAGAGUGCAAAGGGCGUGGCGAUAAACGUGGACCGGAAACUUACAUCGAUCCAGCAAUGAUUGGCGUACUGGUAGGAAUGGCAUUGAUGUUUAUUAUAAUUUGUGUCGUCCUUCGAUUAUUUAGCCAGGCACGUUGGCGUGAAAACCGGACUAUUUUCAACACACCAAAUCCACGUCUCAUGAAUGUAUCGCUUUUGCGUGAUAGCAAACUCUUGCACGGCCAGGAGCGACGCGGCUCGCGAAUGUCGGUGCGAGCACCGUCGCGCCAGCCGAGCAUGGCUUCGCUACGUCCGCAUUCGCCGAAUCCGUCGUUAGGUAAGACAGGGUCACAUUCGGGCAGCGCGAGCGCGAGCAACGCGUCGGCCACGUCUAUACGUUCGACGCGUAGUAAUUCGGUGGCACCAGGUCAUGUAGCUAAUAGCAGUCAAUUGGAAAGGAAGGGCUCACAACAUCACAAUCAACAUCAACAACAACAACAACAACACCAACUCCAACAACAGCAAAUGCCGCUUAUCACCAAUAUCACUGCUAAUCCAGCAGCUGAAAGUGUCGCGGUCGAGAUUAUAGUGCCGGAAAAAUGAAUAAUUGCAAACACAAAAAUGUAUGAAUGCGAAAACGAACUAAAAAAAAUAUACUCAUACAUGUGUAGGUACCUACAUACGUAGGUAUGUACGAAAAAGUAAAAGAAGACAAAUCAAAUUAUGUAAGUCGAAGCUGCAAGAACAUUUAAUGUAAAAAAGAAAUGAGAAUAAUGUAAAAAUGAAAAAAAAAAUAAAUAAAUAAAAGUCAUAUACAAAUGACUAUGCACAACAAGAAGCUAAAGAAAAAUAGUUGAAAAAAAUCUCAUAAAAAAAAUAAAAGAGAAAAAUUUAAUAUGCAUUAAUUAUAAUUAUUAAUUAUACUAUAUUUUAGCAGCAAAUAACGUCAUACUUCAAAUAAAUUAACGCAAUAACACACAAAACAAUGCUUGGUUAGAAACGAAAAAAAACUUGCAUAACAAAUUCAUCUUUUUAUUUCUUCUUCUUCAAAAAAAAACGCAAAUUAUUAGUACAGCUUUAAUCACAAAAGAAUAAGUCUAGUAAUAGUGAACUAUUUAGCAAAUAUUUGUAUGGUAAUAUGUAAGAAUCGUAUAUAAACAUAUGUACGCACAUAUGUAUAUGCACUGGUAGUAGUAAAAAAGCACCGUAAAGAAAGAAAAAAAAACAAUUAAAACUGCAAUUUAAAAAAAUUACAUAAAAAACAAAAAUAAAACGAAAGCAAUUUUAGUGCGCAGUCAACUUAAAUAAAACGAAGUGUUUAGCUUUAAUGUCGAACAGCAAAAACAAACACAAGCAAAUACUACAUUUAUGGCAAAAAGAAAAAAAUGAUAUAUUAAAUCUACUAGAAAUUUCUACGAAUAAACAAAAAUUCGUACAAUCGCGUUAAAAAUUAUGAAUCUUUCGCUGACAGUCAUCUUCCUAUCCUAGUGAUAUUACAAUGUAAGCAAACACAACAACACACGCGCACUCUUGCAGAGCUAUCGUUCACGCCAAAUUUUCUAUAAAUUAAACAAUUUAAAACUAUACAAAUUUUAAAACAUAUACUAAUGCAUGUAUGUACCUUAACAGCCGACGCGAAAUACAACACAAAAAUAAAGGCGGUAGUAAUUGAACAAAAAAGUAAAUAAAUAAAUCAAUAAAUAAAAAACAAAAUACAAUGCAUAGUGAUCGAUAGAUUAUCAAAUAGACGUAACAAUAUUAACAAAAACAAAAAAAAACUCUUAGUACACCCUCAAAUUAAACAGCAUAGACAAACAGUUUCAAAUUAAAAAUGUACUCGUAGCAAAAAAUAGUCAACUCUUCGGAACAAUAUUUUACAAAACAAAGAUAAAAUACCAAAAAAAAGAAAAGAGAACAAAAACAAUUUACAAAUAUGCUAUUUUUACUUACACGUCUUUUCCGCAAACUGGUUUGAUUUAAGAUUAUAUAAAAUGUUACACAUAUACUUAUAUAUGUAUAUAAAAAAAAAAAUAAAAAAUUAAAACAAAAAAAACGAAAAAAAACUAUGCAAGCGCCGAUUGUGCACUUUCCAAAACUUUAUUAAUAAAUAAUCGCGUAAAACAUACACACUUUUUCAACAUUUAGGGACUACGUAUAAGAAAAUAUUCAAAAUUCCGCUGAACUCCUUGGAUCUAUGAUUUCAAAUGGCAUGUUUUUUUUUUUGUUUUUGUUAAUUCAAUAAUUCAAAUUAAAUUCAAUAAUUCAAAUUAAAUUCAAUAAUUCAACUAGUUUAGAAAAACAUCGACUCUUAAGAAAUAUUGUCAUAUUUUCAAGUAGCUUGUAAUAGCAUAAAAACAAGGUGUUUAGAUUGAAAGUCUGCAAAUUGCGAAUUGUGAUUGCUAGAGCUGCUUGAAGUAGAAAAUAAUCAACGCGUUAUUUUUAUAGCGCUGCGAAAUUAUAAAGCGAGCCACUAGAAGCGUUUACUUGUUAGCAGAAAAACGUUUCACAAUCAUUCAAACACAAAUUAAUUUAUUUGAAUAGCCCAAAAAAUUUUCAUUAUUUUAAUAUUGCCGCCAUUUGUAUUUACUGCAAAUUAUUAUAGAAAUAUUCAUCGAUUAAAUAUACUUUUGGAGGCAUUCUUGUGAAAAUUCUAAAAUAUUCUUUAACUUUCCAGUGAAAAAUUGGGGAAGAUUUUUUACUUGAACGUUAAAGUGGUUUUUUCCAAUUUGAAUAAUUCCAAUUAUGUAUUCAAGCAACUUUUCUAAUUAAAUUCUUGCUCAAUUUAAUGUAAUUUAUAUAAAUAUUUAAAAUCCUAACCUCCAAAUUGCAACAUUUCAAAAACACAAAAAAAAAACGCUUACUUGCUUUUACUUCACUUAAAUUGAUAGUUUUUAUUUCAAAACAGCACAACAGCGUAACUUACAUAUACUUAUGUGAGUUUAAAUAUAUAUACAUACAAACAAACAUGUGCAUGUAGCCAUCAUGCCAGCAUGCAUAUUUACGAUGCCUUUACAUAUAAUCACUUAUCGAACUCGAAUACGUCUCUUAAAUGUUAAGAUAAGCAAUUUUUCUUUUCUAUAAAUAUUAUCAAUAACACAAAAAAAAAAACUAAAAAACACUGAAAUAAAAAUUGUAAAUACGCAACGAAAUCUCAAUGAAAAUUUCAUUCUCGCGAUUAGUAUGCGUAAAGCGUGAAUAAAAACAAUUCUGGUUUUGAAAUUUGGGGAAGAAUUUCAAAAUUGCUUUGUUUUUAGUAGAAACGCACAAAAUAUUACAAUGAUGUACCAGACAUUACUGAAUGAAAUGAAAAAAAAAAAAAAAUAAAUAAAUAAAAAUAAAAAACAAACAAAAAAAAAAUUAUUAUAUAAAAAACUAUAAGAACACUAAUAUAUGCGAUUGCCUAGACGUUUUUAAAGUUGUUCAAAAAUCGAUAGCUUUUAACGCAAAUAUCGAACGAAAAGUUUGUUCUGUUAUAAAAUAAAACCUGAUCUCUUUAUUUAAGCAGACAAAACUUAUACACCUAGAAAAAAGAGUUUACAGAAAAGUGAUAAAAAAAAGUAACAACACAUACAUACAUUACCUAUACACAUAUAUAUUAUAUAUUAAUUUCGUACACUUAACAGACACUAUUCGUGACAAAAUGCUUUAUUUACUUUAAGCAUGUACCUAACGGUGUACAUACAUAUGUACGCUAAUGUACGAUGUACAUUACUAAUUACUACAUACAAACAUAUAUUCAUACAUAGUAAUUAACUAUAUACAUGUUUGACAUUAUUGUAAGCACACUCUACACUUUGUAUAACAAAAAAAAAAAAACAAAAAACAAAAAAUAAAAAAAAACCAAAAACCUAAAGGAAAAAGAAAAAAUUUAAAUCUAUCCAUUUUUAAUCUUUAUACGAAAGCGUCUAGAAACUAAUGAUUGAUACAAAAAAGUUUUCCAAUAUUAACAAUGCAAAAAGAACAAAUCAGUAGCUAACAUUAGUAUCGUUUACAAAGAAUUUAUUUAUAAUCCUUACACCAGCAUACAUACAAAUUUAUGUACGCAACAUAUAUAAGUUCCCUCCACUCUUGUGGCGCCUUGCAGAAAGUGAACGAACAUAUUUUCAUAAGUACUUACACACACACACACCCACAUAUAUAUAUGUACAUACAUGUGUACAUGUACAUAUGUUCACACACAAAGUGCUACACGCAUACAUAAUCAAAUUAUAGAUAGCAUAAAUAUCAUACAUCGCAUACUUAACGCUUAAUACAAGCAUACAUACAUUAAAGUAUGUUAACACGCGUAUGGUACAAUGCAAAUGUAUGUGUGUACAUUUACUUACUUGAAUUAAAAACAAAAUGCAGCUAUGCAAAAAUAUUAAUACUUAUUUAUGACAACCGAUACCGCAUCACAAUCUCUAAGAAUGUAUUACAAUCAAUUUAAUUUUAAAAUACUUAAACACUUUAUUGUUGUUCUGUUGAACAUAAACGUACACGAAAACAAAAAAUAUAAACUUACAUGCUUAUAAAUGUAUUUCUAGUACAUACUAUAUCACAUAACUACAAACAUACACACAUUAUAAAUAAUUAUGUAAUGCAUAUAAAAAAAAAUAUAACACAUUGAAAUAAUUUCUACAACUCCACAAUUUCUCUGAUUUUCAUUUGUUUAUGAACUCAAGCAAAGUUGGAAAAUAAAUCGUCUAAGCACGAGAAAGCAAAAACUGCAAUAAUUUGUGUUUUUUUUAAUUAGUUUCUCAAAUACAUUUACAUUUAUUGAAUUAAUUCUUCAUUUAAAAUUCCCAUAUACAGACACUUCGUAUGCUCUACAGCCCCACUACAUACCUACAUACAUACUCUCAUUAUGAGCAAUUUCGCUUGUGAUACAUAUUUGUAUUUGUAUUUGCGUGAGAACAACAAAUAGGAAAUCGGUCACUUUCUGAAAAAGCAUAUAAUAGCAUCAACAGAAGAAAAAAAGCAAGAAAAACACAAAAUAAAUAGUUGGAACCUUAAACACUUUAUAUUUAAGCAAUUUUAUUAAAAUAUAUUGCCAUUACUGAGGAAAAGAA